UUGACAGUGGCUGACCUCAUGAGGACAAGUUUCACUUAGUAUUUUAUGGUUCAACACCUAAAAUGUCUAAAUGAGUGGUCGAUUUGGUGUAAAUGAGGCUUUAGAUCUGUUAGAUGAUCUCCCUGAAGAUAUUCUGACACCGAAUUUGAAGACGGUAGUGAUCUUGAAGAGGAUGACCUUGCCUGGUUGCGCGAGACUAAUGUCAACGAAAAAUGAGGAAGCUGCAUUCCGUGACUCCGUUCGUACACUGCAGAUGAUUUACUGACCCAAAACCAGGGUCCCGGUCAACAUGAUCUCGUUGGUCAAGAAGACAGGAACCCUCGUAUUAGUGGUUGCAAUCCAAGAGGCUCUCCGGAUACUGUUGCGUCGUGCAAGUCUUUUUAUAGUCACCAUAGGCCUGCCAGUAAUGCUCCUUCUUCACAUGCUCCAGCACAGGCUCUGAGCAAGAAUCGAAACAGCAGUGACAGCCAGUCUGAUCACAGUAACGGUGACGAGGAGUGGUUUCCUUCUAGUGUUCAAACGGCCGCUACCAGCAAAUAUCGAGGUCGUGUCAGAGUACGAGGAGGUUCUGGUCGAGCUUCAAGUAGCCUGAAUGUCAGCAGGGCCUGUCAUUCACAUGAAGUUGCACUACAUGAUGCUCAACAGACCCAAGAGGCAUUGCCUGCCCUUCCACCUACUAGCCAGGGAGUUUACCAGUGUGGUCGCAGAAGAGGUCGCGUCCGUGUUCGAGGCUGUGGCAGUAGGAAAGUGUGCAGAGUUUCAAGUACCCUGGAUGUUUAUUCACAGAGCCAGAACGAAGGCACUGAAUUUCAUCGAGGUGACAAUGACAACACUGGGUGUAGAAAGCCAAGCUGACACUAGCACUGAUGAGGAAUGGUUACCUGGCUCUCGUACCAGUCAAAAUCGUGAAGGUCGCCGUGGCAUUGGUGCUAAUGCAUUGCCUGCUGCAAAUCGUGGACGAGGUCGUGGACGUGGUCGCGGUCGUGGUCGCGGUAAGGUGGCCAACACAGUGGUGUUCUCCAUCCCUGGCCAGAGACCGACGAUACAGAUGAUUCAGGUGUUGACAAUGAUAUUAUUGUGGCUGGUCAAGACUUAGU